AUGGAUUUAGGACGGGAUAGACCUGAGCUGACCAGGAGCUCUGAGGGCCUGUCGACGAUGUCUGACUUUGACAGAGGGUUCUGCACAGACCAGAGUCUAUCUUCAUCAGUGGUUUCAUCCGACGGGUUCCUGAAGCCGAGUAAAGGUGUUGUGCUGGAGUAUUCAGAGCCCGGCGCGUGUCUGAACUACUCCAUGAGUCUUCUUUCACCUUUAGUUGCCCUGAAGAACAUUCUCUCCCCAGGCAACAGUCCAGCGCAAGACAAGUCCUCCACACCCUACGAGAGGGUGAAGCUCCAGAAGCCGGUCCUGGGGAGCUCGCUGGACCUGUCCUGCGUCGACCUGACCGCCACACACCCCUCAUGGGAAGUGUCCCUCGUGAAGGCCGUAGUCGACAGCCCGAAGUCAUGCUUGGAGUCCACCUGGAGUCCCAUUAACCCCUCGGUGCCUCCUGAGAUCUCGCUGUGGGCUGGGCCUAAUGUUUCAGGGGAUCUUCAGCGCUCCUGGAGGGAAAUGGUCUGGCAGGGAUCGGGUCAAGCUCCUGCAAUCCCAGAUCUCAGAGAGGAACCGAGUUCAUCCAACUUGGCCAUUUGAUGGACGCCCUGUUUUAGAUGAUGUGAUGCUUACUAGAAUGGCACCUGUGAUUUAUGUAAAUGUAUUUGUACUAAACAUUUAUUUAU